AUGGCAUCCGCAAAUUUCAAUUACCAGGACAACAAUAAUCCUUUUCUAGUUCCUCAUAGCACAGCACAAUUGCCACCAUUACAACCACCACAGCAACAACUUUCUUUCUUUAAUGCUAACAAUAGCAAUAAUGACAAUGUUCCACCACAACAGCAACAACUUUCCUUCUUUAAUGCUAACAACAAUAGUAUUCAACAGCUCAAUGUACCACCAUACCUAUUAAACAAACUCAACGAGAAACAACUUGAGUUUGAUCAUUUGUUGAUAGUAAAAGAGACGUCUGCACAAAUGUUGAUUUAUUUUAAUGUGCUUGCAGAAAAGCUUGAUGAGUUGAAUGUAGGAUGUCAAGCUGUUGCUAAUGUUUUGCGUAAUUGGCAAGAAGUGUUUCGAGCUGUUUCUAUUACCGAAACAACCAAAACCAAAGAGAAGCAGCAACAGAAAUCAGAACAUGAUUAUUUCGCUUCAAGCGUACGAGAUACACCACCACCACCACAUUCAUAUUUAUCAUCAUCACAAACAUCAAUAUUGAGUGAACAUCAUCAUAGGCAGCAGCAACAAAGUAUGUCAGCAGCACCUAUUCCUGUACUGGUGCGCGUUCCCACGGAAAAAUAA